GCAGUCUACCAGCCAGCAACUGGGAUCUGGGGGUUGUUUGAUUAGAUUAAAGUAAUCGGAGCGCGAGUCAGAAACUGCAGGCUUCGUCUUCUUCGUCUUGGCUUCGUCCACGAUCGAUCCUUCUUUAUAAGGAGGGGCAUGGUCGUACUGCUGCAAGUACAAGGGCGUCUCCUGUCUCUCCCUUGCUGAAAGCAAUAAUAAAGCUCUCUUCCCAUCUCGUUUAGCUGUCUGAUUGAUUGCUUUCUGCGAUCGCGAUCGCGAUGGACGUCGCCGUCGAGAGGCCGCUGCCGUCGCCGGUGAAAGAGGAGAAGAAGGCGGAGAGCAUGGAGAGAGGGAGCGCGCCUCCGAUAGUCUUCGAGAGUUUCCCAACAUCUACUACGCAAAGAGACCCGAUCACCAACAAGCAGGAGGAGGAAGGGGAUAAUACUAAGCUGGAGGCGACCAAGGCGGAGAUGGGUUCCGUGCGCGAGGAGAACGAGCGGCUCAAGACGCUGCUCUCCCAGAUCGUCCGCGAUUACCAGUCGCUCCACACGCACUUCCUCGCCGCCGUCAAGCCCAAAUCCUCUCAACCCCAACCCCAAGCCGCCGCCAUAGGCAACCUCCUCCAGCUCCCCGCCGCGCCGGUUCCCACUGCCGCCGCCGCCGAGGACCUCGUCUCCCUCAGCCUCGGCAGGAGCCGACCCGACGCCGGCGCGGGGCGGAUCAAGGCCGCCGCCCGCCACGAGAGGUCGGCGUCCUCGUCGUCCGGAACCGACACCGACCGCGACGACCGGCUCUCCCUCGGGCUCAGCAGCCGCCGGUCCAACGACGACGAUGACAAGAAGGCCACCUUGCUCAACCUCAGCUCCGGCAGCAGCAGCGCGGACGCCGACGCCGAUGCCGUUCAAGCCGCGGCCGCCGCGUGCCCACCGGCGGCGACGGCCAAGGCGCGGAAGAGCCCGGGCGCCGGGGAUGGAGGAGGAGGAGCCGACGACGAUGUGCUCCAGCAGCAGGCCAAGAAGGCUAGGGUUUCCGUCCGCGUCAAAUGCGACACCCCCACGAUGAACGACGGGUGCCAAUGGCGGAAGUACGGGCAGAAGAUCUCCAAGGGGAACCCGUGCCCGCGGGCCUACUACCGGUGCACGGUGGCGCCGUCGUGCCCGGUGCGGAAGCAGGUGCAGCGCUGCGCCGACGACAUGUCCAUCCUCAUCACCACCUACGAGGGCGCGCACACCCACCCGCUCCCGCCCGCCGCCGCCGCCAUGGCCUCCACCACAUCCGCCGCCGCCUCGAUGCUGCUCGCCGGCCCAUCCACAUCCGCCUCCGCGGCCCACCUCCUCGGCCCGUUCGCGGCCCAUCAAGCCGGCCUCCUUGGCCCGGCGGCCACCUCCAUCUCCACCGUCGCCUCCUGCCCCACCGUCACGCUCGACCUCACCGCGCCGCCGCACAGCUCGCUCAUGCACCAGCAGCAGCACCACCCGUCCUCGUCUCCUUACGCGGCGGCGUACGAGUCGUCCAAGGCGAUGCUGCCCGCGUGGAGCAGCGGCGCCGGGUACCUGCAGGCGGCGUACGGCGGCGGGUCCUACUACGGGAAGAACUCGAACUCGAUCUCGUCCAUGUCCAUGCUGCCGGCGGCGGCGAUGCAGCAGUUCGGGCUGGGCAUGGAGAGGCCGGCGGCGGAGCAGAUGUACCAGCUUCCGACGUACCUGCUGAGGACGACGAGCGGCGCGCAGCAGCAGCAGGCGGCGGCGGCGCCGGCCGUGACGGACACGAUCGCGAAGGCGAUCACGGCGGACCCGAGCUUCCAGUCCGUGCUGGCGGCGGCGAUCACGUCCUACAUGGGGCGCGGGGCCGGCGCGGCGGCGCAGCAGCACAAGUGACCUCCAUCGAUCGCCGCCCGUGCGCGCGUAGUGAUUUAGAAAUUUGAAUUCUGCUUAUGAGGAGUUUAGGACCCCGUGGAUUAUUGUUUCGAAAGAUGUUGAUUACUAGUACUUCGUUUUGGUGUAUGAUAAAUUGGCUGGAGUCUGGAGACAUGGCGAUCGAUCUUUAGAGUUAAAAGUCGAUCGAUCGAUGCACUACAAGAAAUUGCACAUAUAUUAUAGGGACGAGUCAUCUGUAUGUACACUUUGUGUUGGGGAGAAAAGAGUUCUGAUCAAGGUCAAUUGCCAUUGUUCCAGCUAUA